GUAAAGACAGGCAAACGUGCGAUGUCACAGCUCAAAUGGUUCUUGUAUGUUGCUGGAGAAGCAUGAAGGAAGUAUCUCUGCUCUUAGGGACACUGUGCAAACUUUUGCCUUCACAGGCUGCAUCUGAACCUUCAGAUGGGUUGAUCACUGUAGAACAGGUUAAAAAUAUUGGAGACUACUUUAAACAUCAUCUGUUGCAAUCAAGACACAGGGGCGCAUUUGAGUUAGCGUAUGCUGGCUUUGUGCAACUUACAGAAAUCCUGUCCAGAUGUAACAGUGAGAGUCUGCGCAAGAUGCCAGAGCAAUGGUUAUGCCAUGUCUUGGGAGAGAUCAAAACUUGUGAUCCCUCAUCUAAAUUAUGUACAACCAGGCGUAGUGCUGGAAUUCCAUUCUACAUACAGGCUUUGUUAGCUUCAGAGCCAAAGAAGGGCAAAGCAGACUUGCUGAAAAUGACAAUGAAAGAAUUGCUAGCUUUGGCUGCACCUCUGAAAGAAUCAGCAAGUGUAAUUCCACAGGUUCAUGCUUUAAAUAUCCUGCGAGCGCUGUUCAGGGAUACCCGUUUAGGUGAAAACAUCAUGCCUUAUGUUGCAGAUGGAAUACAGGCAGCAAUCCUAGGUUUCAUGUCCCCUGUUUGGGCAGUAAGAAAUUCUUCUACUCUUCUUUUUAGUGCUCUAAUUACAAGAAUUUUUGGAGUUAAAAGAGGGAAGGAUGAAAAUUCAAAAAAAAAUAGAAUGACGGGAAGGGAGUUCUUCUCUCGGUUUCCAAGUCUUUACACUUUCCUUCUCAAACAGUUGGAGGUUGUAGCCAAUUCACUGGACAGGGAAACUGAAGAGUUGAAACUGCAUCCAAAUUUGUUCCUUUUGCUUUUAAUUCUGGGAAAGCUGUAUCCGUCUCCAAUGGAUGGCACAUACUCAGCCCUGAGCAUGGCACCAUUUGUUCCAUUUAUUAUAAGAUGUGGCCACUCUCCAGUGUACCGUUCACGUGAGAUGUCAGGUCGGGCCCUUGUUCCCUUCAUCAUGGUGAAUGAGGUACCACAGACCAUCCAGUCGUUGCUGAAAGGGCUUCCAGACCGCACCAGUCCUGGCCUACGACAGAAUGCUGUUCAUGGGACGCUUCGACAAGUUUUUCACUUGCUGCAGUCAUACUUGGAAUCAAAACAGCACAGUAAUUCAGACUUUCAGGAGGGACUGACUGACAUCAUUACCUCUGUAGGAACCAAACUGUGGUUGGCCAAAAGACCAAAUCCUUGUUUGGUGACUCGAGCUGCCUAUAUUGAUGUCCUUGUGAUGCUGAAUACUCAUCUGGGGAAGUUUCAAAUACCAGGAACACAAUUGCUUGGAUUUUGGGCAGAAUUGAACACCAUAAUUUCAGAGUCUGAAUUGAUGACAGGUGUUCCCUACUUGUCUGUAAUACCAGGACUGACACAGUAUCUUCAGAGCAUCACCAAGCUCGUAAUAUCAGUGCUGUCGGCGACCGCAGAUCGUGACAUCCAGAGCAGCAAUUCAUCUUUUGCAGGGAAAAUAGCCCAGCCAUCAUUGUCAGUAGUUAGUCUUCUUCACUGUGAGUUUCAUGAAGUACGUCUGCUUGUCUUGGAGGCUGUGCUGCUUUGGUUGAAACAAGUAAAUUCCAAGCAGAUUACAGAAAAAGAAAGAGGUGUGCUGUGCUUACUCUGUGAUGUGGAAGAUACUCUGCUCACAAUUGCUGUGAAGGAGAGUGAUCUCCAGUGCUUUUGCAAGGUGCUGGAAAUUCUUUAUAAUAUGGAUCUCCAAAGUGUGCUUCCAAAGACUGAAUGCUCUAUGAAAAUGAAUCCAAGCGAACUCUUAAUCUGGAGUUUGAAUAUUGUAGAUGCCUCCAACAGUACUGAAAUUCAAAGCAUAGCUCUCAAAUUUGCCUCAAAGUUGGUUGUUCAUUUUCUACAGAAUCAUGAACAGAUUUCAGAAGAGGUCCUAAAAGAGUGGAUUCAGCUGAUAGUUUAUUCUUGUGGAGAUGAGCAAGAGACAGAGAUGCUGUUAGCAGCUGCAGAAAUACUUAAAAAUAUAACAUCAUUCCUUCUGAUCAAUGAAAAACUCAUUCUUGGUCUGUCUGAUACACUUGCUAUGUGGAAAUGUGUGGUUCUCCUGCUGCAGAAUGAGGAUUUGGUAGUAAGGGACACUGCUGCUGAGAUUAUACAACUGGCACAGUCUCAAAGGAAGAACAGUAAAGGAACAGACUUUGCAUUUAGGAUAGUGAGUGCUCCAAUGGCCUUGGAUUUAGCUUUUGGCAUCAUGUGUGAGCUGCUCCAGCUGUGGGGGGAAAUCCGUGCUGGGAUACCCAUCCUGCUGGAAUGGCUGCUGGGAGACAGUGAUGUGGAAAGAGAUGCGGAGACUUCAGCUCUGGAUGAAGACGAUUGCCUGUUUGAGAAAGGGGAAGCGAACUUCUGGGCAGAGCAGCUGACUCCCGCCAGGCUGCUGAGCAAACACCUUUCCCGGCUGCUGGUGUCGGUGACUCCCGCACCGGGGGCAGGGGCAGGAGCCCUCGGGCAGCUCUCGGGAGCCGCGCGGGAGCAGGGCCGGCUCCUCGCGCACCGGCUGCGGGCGCUGCCUCCGGCCCCGGAAUUCUCCAAAACGGCAGAAUUCACGAGGUUGGCUAUUCAAAAUGAGAGAAUAUCCACCUGCCUCAAAAUACUGAGUUUGCUUCAGCCUGAUGAUCUGUGCAAGAGCAAAAAUCCGGAAAAGUGA